CAUAUCCCUGCAAUAAUUUUCCGCUUUCCUUCGAUAAAAUUGCCAAAUAAUAAUGAAUCAUUUCAUAAAUAAUGGGUUUAGAAGCUUAUCAGGGCAGGCGGGCCACUGCUGGGGUUUUAUCUCUCUCGGCCACAUUGCAGUAGUGUUCCGCUCUCCAUACUAAAUAGGAAACUGGACGUGAUGUGGAAUUAGAGCCUACCCAGCUGAAGCCACCCAACACUUACUACAAAUAUAGCCGCGAUGCGUAGGCCACAAAAUGGCUCCACUCACUUUUCCCAAUGAAGAGCAAAUGGAUUUAGCAGUUUUAUCCCGAUGCGGGUGUCCUUCCUCUCUGUAAAGUCGUAAGUACCUUGAGGUGGGAGGAGUAAAUUCAGCCUGACACUGAGAGCGCUUUUGUUGAAACAGGAGAGACUUGCGGUGUCCCUACUUAAAUAUGACACAUGACGAUGGACAGGCCGCCCGCCCCGCCGCCCCCCAGUGACCCCCGCGAUGCCCGCCCCCCCCGGCGGCACGACUCGGAAGCGGAGACCACGAACGAGCCGGAGAGCAGCCGCGGGGGCAUGGAGGCGCCGGCGGACCCCCAGCUGCUGCUCAACGGGGCGUCCAAGGAGGCGGGCCGGCCCUCCCCCGGGCCCCCCGCCGCCCCCGUGCCCGUCAUCGAGCUGGUGCGCCGGGGGGGCUCCCUGGACAUAAAAAGCCGGGAGGCGGCGGGGGAGGCGAUGCAGAGAGCGCCGGGCGCCGAGCCGUGCCGCGCCGCCGAGGCCGCCUGCGAGGCCCGCAUGGUGCAGCUGAGCCCCCCCGCGCUCCCGCUGCAGCCCCCCGGCAGGGCCAUGCUCUACAACCUGGGCCAGCCGCUGGCCACCAUCAACAGCGGGUUUUUCGGCGAACCGGACUCCUUCUCUAUGUACGGCAGCAACCGGGUGAAGAGGAGACCCUCUCCCUACGAGAUGGAGAUCACCGACGGUCCUCAUACGAAAGUGGUUCGUCGCAUUUUUACCAAUAGCCGGGAGAGGUGGAGACAGCAGAACGUCAACGGAGCCUUUGCAGAGCUUCGCAAACUCAUCCCCACCCACCCGCCUGACAAAAAACUGAGCAAGAACGAGAUUUUGCGCCUGGCUAUGAAAUACAUCAACUUCCUGGCCAAGCUGCUCAACGACCAGGAGGAAGAAGGAAACCAAAGGGGCAAAGUGAACAAAGACUCUGGGAUAGUCCAGGAAGACCUCCUGCAGGACAUGUUGUCUCCUAACUCUAGCUGUGGAAGUUCUUUAGACGGAGCGGCAAGCCCGGACAGCUUCACAGAAGAGCACGAAACACUAGAUUCGAAGCACACGCGGAGCCUGCACCACGCCAUUCUCCCUGUAGAAGGCAACGCGCAGCGGUGAUGACCUUCCGCAUGGCUCCCGAAGCACCAAGGGGGGAGGCGAGACCCGAGCGUGCGGAUGCUGGAACUUGUGCCCGUGGGAUUUGUGACUCUGCCUUUCCCCAGGGGCUCGGGCUCCCCGUCCUCCCCAGCCCGGGACGGAGCGGCCGGCGCGUUGGCCGAGGACAAGACCAAACCAGAUGGACGUUCGGUAUUUAGGUACGUGAUCGUACAAAGAAGAAAAGCAUUGAAGUCAUCUUCAUUGUACAUACUGCUCAUGAUGUGACUCUGCGGAGGGGAAGGAGACGCGGCCAGCACCUCUCCAGCAUUUAGAGGGUUUUCAGACCGUUUGACGACCGUCGCUUUUUAAACAGUCGCCUGGUUGAGACGUGAAACUCCUCUGUCACUGCCGGUGGAGGCCACCGACACUUUCCAGCUCCACGUGGUGCUGGAGACUGCUGUGGCACAUACAACUGCUCUGAGCAGGAGCUGGGGCCACGUGUUCCUGUUGUCCGAGAGCUUUUGACUGUAUCUUUUUAAAGAGGUGAAAAAAUACCCUCAGCAAAAGAACUAUUAAAAGGAUUAAGACAUUU